AUGGUAGUCCUCAUCUUCCUGCUAUUUCCAUCCAUUUAUGGUCAAUAUCCAUUACCUCAAGAUCAACAAGUAUAUCCUCAAAGUGUGGGACAAUCUCAGUCUGUCUCCUAUACAGAUUCACAGGGACAUAACCGUUUCACAGAGUAUGAUGAAAAUCUAGUCUUAUAUGGUGAGGAUGCAGGAGAUCUGCGAAUCACGGAUAAUCAACGUCAGAACGGUCUUCAGAUCCGUUUGCACAACUUCUUUCCCUACUAUGGAGGACGUUACAACUAUACAAUGAUUUCAACAAAUGGUUUCAUUAGCUUUGCAUAUUUCUCGGAUGAUUCACCAUCUAUGACUGUCGGGUUGGAUGUUGAUUGGCCAAGUCAAAGUGAUCCAGCUGUUAUAGCUCCUUAUAUGUGCAAGCAACGUAUUCAAAGUGGUCAAGGCUUACAAUCUCAAAUAUACUAUCGGCUGGAAGUGCGUCAUGAUAUUGCUCAACAGUUUCAUAAUCGGCAACUUGAUAGACGACGUCAAAGUUGUCAGGGAAAGCCAGAUUACUUCAAAUGUGACGAAAAGUCGGAUGAAUUCUUAGAUUCUAUGCAGAAAGCAUUAAUGCAGGGAGUUGCUGGUGCUUCUACUUUCAGAGCUGAAGCUGCUCUUGUUGUUACAUGGGUUAACAUGAGACCAAAUAUAGGGUCCGAAAGGGGUUUGGCAACAUAUCAACUUGUGUGGCUUACUGAUGCACAGGGGCUGCAAUCAUACACUAUGAUUAAUUAUAACAAACUAGGUUUCGAUGCAGCUGAUAUGAACGGAAACUCCAGAACUGGCAAGUGUCAGGCUCUUUUCAAUGGAGGUAAUCACACUGGAACUAUUGCCGUUGAUUUAAAUGAAAUGACUAAGCAACAGCCUUCUUCGUUGGCUUCACGUUCAUCUGUUCCUCAUGUCGUUAGAGGAAGAUACUUUCAUCGAGUAGAUGAUGUAGUUCGUCCAGCUGGAUGUAGUAAUAAAACUGGAGGAACAUUCCCUCUGUUGAUAUAUCCAAAUAUCGUUUCUAUGUUGGGACAGGUGAACGUUGAUGUGAAUGGGCUGUGCUUGAAUCCUUCAACAACAUACGUUCUCAUGAUUGAACAACGUCAAACAGCUCCUUGUGAAAUCGUGAAUCCGUCUGUUGCUCGUUGCACGCUACCGAGAAUCCAAGAUUGGGGAACGAAAACGGUUUACUUCCAACCUCAAUCAGGGUUAUCGAAUGAUGAGAAAGCUUAUGUUGGUUUCAUCUACUUCGUACCACCUACUAUCGAUCCUAUGAGAUUGGAUAUCGGAGACAUACAUUCCUGGUAUCAGAACCCACCUCCCAGUCCAAUGAGCAUCAAAUGGUACCCUCGUAAUUUCUCUCUUCCAAGAUCUGAAUCAGAGUUCUCUCGAACCAAUUAUUUCGAUGAUUCAGUUUAUAAUGUUCAAUUAGGAUUGUAUGUUGUUGGAUACGCUGAAGCAAAGAAUGAGGAAGCUCGUAAAUGGACUCCUCAGCAUCGCGUGCUAGCCAGGUUAGCAACAUUCUCAAACCGAGCUGAUGAGUACUACCGAUGGAAUCCGAUGAUUGAAAAGUUCCAUGUGGAUCAUGAUGUCGAACAAUGGUACUUAAGUAGAAAAGAGCAAAGAAAGGAGCUUUUCAAAUAUAGAUUUGGAUACCUUAAGCUCGCACGAAUUCCAACGAACGAACAGAAUUCUCCAAUCAAUCGCGAUCAAGGCCUACACUUAGAGCUUCCAGAAGGCUUGGUUUCUUCACCCGUGUCCUUGCACUGGCUUUGGACCUUAACAGAAGAAUUCCCCUCCAACUACCGUGGAAACAAAGAUGAAAAGAAGAAACUGGUCAAGAAGAAGGCUCAAGAGAUGUGCCACAGCUGGUACGAUGAAGAUGGUGCAUUGACAAACUUCAUAAAAGACACAGAAAGUAACUCCAGCUGUCCAUGUACAGAAUAUCAAGCUCGCGUGGAUAUUGGACGUUUCAUGCCUCAUCCCAGAUGUAGUUAUCUUUUCCGUGAUAUCUCAUGCACAGAAACGUUGGGAGCGAUGAAUUGCUAUAUGUCAGCCCAGAAUGUUCAAGGGAGCACUAACCGUCGAACCAAAUAUGGACAUGAACAUACGUCCUACUCAACUCAUUAUGGACAAACUUGUUGCUAUGAUUCAAAAGGAUUUUUGAUGCAGUCCAGUUAUCAGCCUGUUGUGAAGAUAGAAGACUCAACACCUUACUCUCCUGGUUUCCCAACACGAGCUUAUGAAAUGGGAUCUGAUCCUUACCAGGGCAUGUUUGAAGUUCCUGGUUUAUCCACUUUCCAUCAUGAUAUCAUGCCUUACUACUUCUGUUGUAAAUAUGCUGAUUUCCGAUGUCAAAUGUUUUAUUGGAGAAGACCAUCAUCUUCUUGCCAGGCAUACGAACCAGCAGCUACAGGAUCCAUUAUGGGCGCAGGAGUCAUUUCAACUCUGAAUAAUAGAAAUCUUGUUUUCAAUGAACCUGGAAUUUUCCGUUUUCUUCAUGCUCACGCAACAAAAACUACUCCUGAGGUACAGAUUCAAGUGAGACUGGAGAGGUUCCCGGAUCGGAGUGUCGAUUUCGGUUCUCAUAAUAUCGAGCAAAGAGAUUUGGUGCAACCAACGAAUGCUACUGUAGUGACUGGUGUUGUUCUUCAUUCUUCUGAUGCUGACAGAGUUCAUGUUGUUCUUCGUAAAGAUACUCGUAGAGGACGUUAUAAGACUUCGAUCAUUGUUGGAAAUGUCAUCAGAUACUUUGAUAACAUGCAUUUACAGAGAUUCAGAGGUGUAACAAUCUAUGUGAAUAACGUCGAGAAGGGACAAGCCGAGAUCUUCGUCGUCUUAGAUAAAGCACAAAUCGGUUUGAGAAUAAGAGAGUCUUACGCAAUCGAUAUUGAUCGAAAGUUCCAGUAUAUGGAGAGUUUAGGUUUACUGGAUGUACAGGUGUCUGUCCCUCCACAAUACAAAGUGCAUCGUCGUGAUGGAAUUCCUCGUGAUAAUGACGAUCCUAAAGUGGAUGGUCUGAUAAACCCUUAUCCAGAUGAUGUAUACAGUGAUCAAUACGCUUCCACCUUGCUCUGGGGAAAUGUCAAUGAUGGAAGCAGCAGAAGUGCUUUGUUAAAAUAUAAAAUAAAGGGAGAUCAUGAAACUCAAAACGUGGAUUUACAACAACACAGUGAUGACACUCAUGAUUUGUUCCAAGCGAGAAAUGAUAAGGAGAAGAUGUUCCAAGCGUUUGCUGACCACUACCUGAAAGGGCCUGUAUAUAAAGUAUCUUCCAAGUAUCAGAAUAUUCCAUUCUUACCUCAAACUGAAGCUGAUUUUAAACAGUUCUUACGUUUCUGCUCAACGAUCCAGUCUGCUGAAUUCAUGACUAGAGAAGAUCGAAAACAGUAUGCUCGUUGCCCCAUCCAUUUGACACACUUGGAAUCUGAAUGUGGACAAGAUGUCACGUGUAUCUACGACGCUGUCAUGCUUCAAGCUCAGCUAUUAGGAGAAGAAUCUCGAGAAUCGUUCCAUACGUAUAUUGAGAAUCGUCAAUUGGGAGAAGGACGAUACAACAGCUGCGGAGCCAUGAACAUUGAAUAUCCUGAAUAUCUCAUCAAAGGACCUUCAAGCGGAGAACCAGCUUACUUAGAAGGAAACACAUUGUCUUUCAGUUGCUUCCAGACACAUAUCGUCAAAGGCAACUCCGACUUCACCUGUCGUCGAAUCAAAAAUGAACGAGAUAAUACAUAUCGUUUCCAAUGGACUCAAGGAAGUCAGCCAUGGUGUCGAGCAAGAGCAACAGAUAACGUUCUAACUUGGCUGCAAUGGAUUGCUGUAGCUUUAGGAAUCAUGCUUAUACCAGUUAUCAUCUUCUCUACUUGUUGGGCAAUAAAGCAGAGCCAAAAAAAUAAAGCCAAUAGAAACGCUGAAUCUAAAGAAGUAGAAAUGGUGCUGUUAAGAUCUGAUGCAUCAGGACCAACUAGAGAUCUUUAUACACCAGAAUCCAGCAUUACACGGUUCGACAGAGAACCUGGUCAACGAGCUCGUCAACCAGAAUACACUCCGUACAAAUCGUCAUUUAAGCCAAACAUCAAAGAACUAUCAGUUUAA